GUCCCGACGGCCGCGGCGGGCGCCAAUGAGGCGGCGCAUCCCAGCGGCAGGCUCCAGUGGGCGGGUGCGGAGGGCGGGCCGCGGGCCGGGGGGCGGUGGCAGCACGCUCGGUUGUGAGUGAGUGAGUGUGUGUGAGUGAGUGCCAUGGCCGGAGCCCGCUGAGAGUGACAAUAGGAACGAGCCGGAGCGCGACCCCGACGCCCACUGGGAUCCCCCCUCUUACCUGAGCCAGCCGCCGGUGGAAAAAGCCUUUCUUCCCCACGCAGCACUGCCGCGCCGCCUGCCUGGCCUGCCCCCACCCCGGUCGCCUGCACCGCGCCCGCCGCUCCCCCUCGGCUCGGCCCGCACUCGGCUUCCCUCGCGUUCCUCCCCUACUGCCUCCUCAGGGCCCCUUCGCAGGGCUCCGCCGGGAAUGUGAGUGAGGCAGCAGCCAUCGCAGGCAGGGGGCCGCGCCGAGUGCAUGGGACUGAGCGGAGCCCGAGCAGCCGCCCGCUCCUGAACCCGCCGCCAACGCCGCCCUGCGCUGGGGAGGCCGCCAACGCCGCCGAGGCCUACAGGCUCCUGCGCCGCCGCCGCCGCGGCAGGGACCGAGCCCGGCGCGUAUCAUACUCGGGCCGCCGCCGCCAGGCAUCGGCUGCGCUCCACCAAGCCCGGCUCACGCCGCCGCCGCCUCCCUCCCGUCUCCGGCUUCUCUACCAGGAGGGUCAAGUAGGGAUAUGUCCUCAGCACCAACUACUCCUCCAUCAGUGGAUAAAGUAGACGGAUUUUCUCGGAAGUCCGUCAGAAAAGCCAGACAGAAGAGGUCACAGAGCUCCUCCCAGUUUAGGUCUCAGGGCAAGCCUAUUGAGUUAACUCCCCUGCCUCUGCUAAAAGACGUUCCAUCUUCAGAGCAGCCUGAACUGUUCCUAAAGAAACUUCAACAGUGCUGUGUCAUAUUUGACUUCAUGGACACGCUUUCAGACCUUAAAAUGAAAGAAUACAAGCGCUCCACUCUUAAUGAACUGGUGGACUACAUUACAAUAAGCAGAGGCUGUUUGACAGAGCAGACUUACCCUGAAGUAGUUAGAAUGGUAUCUUGCAAUAUCUUCAGAACUCUCCCACCUAGUGACAGCAAUGAAUUUGAUCCAGAAGAAGAUGAGCCCACCUUGGAGGCAUCAUGGCCACAUUUACAGCUUGUAUAUGAGUUUUUCAUACGAUUUUUGGAAAGCCAAGAAUUUCAGCCCAGCAUUGCCAAAAAGUACAUAGAUCAGAAAUUUGUAUUGCAGCUGUUGGAGCUGUUUGACAGUGAAGACCCUCGAGAACGAGACUACCUAAAAACAGUCUUGCACAGAAUUUACGGCAAGUUUCUGGGUCUUAGAGCAUUUAUCCGAAAACAGAUUAAUAAUAUUUUUCUACGAUUUGUUUAUGAAACUGAACACUUCAAUGGCGUAGCUGAACUGUUGGAAAUUUUAGGAAGUAUUAUCAAUGGUUUCGCUUUACCUCUUAAGGCAGAGCAUAAACAGUUUCUGGUGAAGGUGCUGAUCCCUUUACAUACUGUCAGGAGUUUAUCACUCUUCCAUGCACAGCUGGCGUAUUGCAUAGUACAGUUUCUGGAGAAAGACCCCUCACUCACAGAACCAGUCAUUAGAGGUUUAAUGAAGUUCUGGCCAAAAACCUGCAGUCAGAAAGAGGUCAUGUUCCUAGGAGAGCUGGAGGAGAUCUUGGAUGUAAUUGAACCGUCACAGUUUGUCAAAAUCCAGGAACCCUUGUUUAAACAAAUUGCCAAGUGUGUCUCCAGCCCUCAUUUUCAGGUGGCUGAAAGAGCACUGUAUUAUUGGAAUAACGAAUACAUCAUGAGUUUGAUAGAGGAGAAUUCCAAUGUUAUACUUCCCAUCAUGUUUUCCAGCCUUUAUAGGAUUUCUAAAGAGCACUGGAAUCCGGCUAUUGUGGCUUUAGUCUACAAUGUGUUGAAGGCAUUUAUGGAAAUGAACAGCACCAUGUUUGAUGAGCUGACAGCCACUUACAAGUCAGAUCGUCAGCGUGAGAAGAAGAAAGAGAAAGAACGUGAAGAACUGUGGAAAAAACUGGAGGAUCUGGAAUUGAAGAGAGGUCUUAGACGUGAUGGAAUAAUUCCAACUUAACAAAAAAACAAAACAACAUUAUUAACCUGUGGAGUCACACAUUUAUGUAGUAGAAGAUGGAGCAACAGUUUUCUGUAUUGUGCAACUUUACAGUAGAUUUCACAUUUGUUUCAUUAUUACAACAGCACUGUAUAUACCUGUCUCUAAGUAAAGGAAAAAAAUAAGGACUUUAAUCCAAAGUUUGGACAGCAGAUGGACUUCUCAGAACUUUGCAAACAUAAUCAUUGUUUUAACCCUUCUUUAAAACCAGUCUUCAAAGAUCUGUUGAUGAAAAUUGCAAUGUCAAAUUCCAUUGUCAGGACCUGUUCCUUAUUUAUCGUUAGCAGAGAGUAUAAUACAACUUUCAAAUGUGAACAAUCUUAAAAUUUAGCUUGUCUUUCUGCUAAAAUGUUCAGUGUAUUUAUAGUAAAAGAGAAGAAAGACUGUCAUUUCCUUAUGAGUUUGUGUAACAUCCUCCUUCUCUGGAUAACUUUACUGUAAUUUGACUUUUUUUCCUUUUGCACAUCUUCAUGAAUUGAAUGUCCAUUCAGAUCAGGGCUGUGAAAAACAAAGGCCCUGAAUAAAAGUUUUGUUUACUGGUGUGAGCAUUUUUUUAGUGGUUUUU